AUGUCUUUUUUUAACAACAUUCAAAAUUUUACAAAUAAUGUGGGUCAAUUUAUUGCUGACAAUCAACCAACAUUAGACUUACCAAAAGUAAUUGAUGGUGUUCGAAAUUCAAUCAGUGAAGUUCAAAAUAAUGUAGAACAAUUUGUUUUGAACAAUCAAGUAAUUGACAACGUUCGAAAUUCGAUUGGUGAUGUUCAAAAUAGUUUGGGACAAGUCGUUGCUAAUGUUGACAUACCAAAAAGAACUGAUGACGUUCAAAAUAGUGUGAAACAAGUUGUCGCUAAUGUUGCUAUACCAAAAGUAAUUAACGACGUUCAAAAUAGUGUGAGACAAUUUGUUUCUAAUGUUGAUAUACCAAAAGAAAUUGACAAUGUCCAAAAUAGUGUAAGACAAGUUGUUGCUAAUGUUGAUAUGCCAAAAGGAAUUGAUAAUGUUCAGAAUAGUGUGAGACAAGUUAUUGCUAAGGUCUAUAUAUCAAAAGGAACUGAUAACGUUCAAGAUAGUAUGAGUCAAGUUGUUGAUAAUGUUGACAUACCAAAAAGAACUGACGACGUUCAAAAUAGUGUGAACCAAGAACAAGUUGUCACUAAUGUUGAUAUACCAAAAAGAACUGAUGACAUUCUAAAUAGUGUGAACCAAGAACAAGUUGUCGCUAAUGUUGAUAUACCAAAAAGAACUGAUGACGUUCAAAAUAGUGUGAACCAAGAACAAGUUGUCACUAAU